UGCCCCCCCGCCGGUCGCGCCGGGCGGGUCUCGGCGGUUCGGCGCGGCUGCCCGGUGACCGCUGCCGCCUCCCCGCAGCGCACACAGAGCCCCCGCACCUCGGAGCCGGCGGCCAGCACGACGGCGGCCCCCAGCCCCCCACCAUGAACACCAUCGUCUUCAGCAAGCUCAGCGGCCAGGUGCUUUUCGAGGAGGACGCCAAGGAGCGGGAGCGGAGCGGCCGGUCCUACGUGGGGGUGGUGGAGGGCCCGCACCACGCCGAGGUGCUGCUUCCCGACAGCCCGUCCAUCAAGGAGAGCCUCAGCCUGCGCAACCGGCGGACGGGGGCGCGGCAGAGCGGCGGGAAGGUGCGGCACAAGCGACAGGCGCUGCAGGACAUGGCGCGGCCGCUCAAGCAGUGGCUCUACAAGCACCGCGACAACCCAUAUCCCACCAAGACGGAGAAGAUUCUGCUGGCCCUCGGCUCCCAGAUGACCCUGGUGCAGGUAUCAAACUGGUUUGCCAACGCCAGACGCCGCCUGAAGAACACAGUGAGGCAGCCAGACCUGAGCUGGGCUUUGCGAAUAAAACUGUACAACAAAUACGUUCAGGGAAAUGCUGAGCGCCUCAGCGUCAGCAGCGACGACUCGUGCUCUGAAGAUGGAGAAAAUCCUCCGAGAAACCAUAUGAAUGAAGGGGGAUAUAACAAACCAGUUCAUCACACUGUGAUUAAAACUGAAAGUUCAGUAAUAAAAACAGGAGUGAGACCAGAAGCAAGUGCCAAUGAGGAUUAUGUGUCACCCCCCAAAUACAAAAGCAGCUUACUGAAUCGUUACCUAAAUGACUCAUUGAGACACGUCAUGGCUACUAAUGCAGCUAUGAUGGAAAAAACAAGGCAAAGGAAUCAUUCUGGUUCAUUUAGUUCCAAUGAAUUUGAGGAAGAGCUGGUGUCUCCAUCAUCAUCAGAGACAGAAGGCAAUUUUGUCUAUCGGACAGGGCUCUUGUGGGACUGCAGCUGACUCUGCUCCUGCACCAAGACAUCUGCCCAUGGCACCUGCAUGAAGAAAGAGAAAUUACAGGGACAAACCUCUUCUUUAUUGCCCAGUGGAUCACUUUUACAUAUGAAAUCUAUAAUCUUCAUCACAAGUAACCACUGCCUUUGGUGAUUCUUACUAACAUACUGAGUGUGACCAGGAGGGGACAGGGUGCAGACAGGGCAGGCACAGGCGAGACGGGGUAGUAGCAGAAGGGAAAAAAGGGCUGGACUUUUCACAUUCUGGCUGGAGCAGUAAACUUAAAGGAAUGACAAGCCCAUAAAAGUUUCACUUCUUUCUGGAAAAACAUCUGAAUUGAAACUUCACACCUAGCAUGAGUUUUCUGCAUGUCCCAGCCUCCUUCCGCCGCUGCUGGGGAGAAAUAAUGUGACUUUGGGUAACUCCUGGUAGAUUCUGCUUGUAGUGCAGACUGUCCCUCGUGCAGUGUUACAUUGCUGCUGUUCAUGUUGCUGUAGUUAAGGUUGUACCUGUGUUUCCAUUAGAACCCUUUUAAUCUGCAAAUUUAUGACCCAGCUGUAAAAAUUCAAUCCAGACUGAAGCUUGGCAUGAGCAGUAUUCACUCUCCCAUCUGUGGAAGGGAUUUAAGCAGGUACAUCCCAGUAAUAACCAUCUGAGUUAGGCUUGUAAAUUUGGAGCAUGAUGACUGGUGAAAAAAAACCUGUGAGCUUCUCAGUAGUCUUGGAGUCUGAAAUAUUUUAUGCCUGUGGUGAAACUGGUGAAAAGCAGCUUGUUUGUAUUCAGUCAUAUAGCUGUAAAUAAAGAAAAUGGUUUGGGUAUUUCUGUGUUUGCUUACAUGAACAAACACAUGCAUUUUCCUUACCAUGGCAAGAUUUUGAUAUGAGUGGCAAAUACUUGAAACUCUCCAGGCUCAUGCACCAAAGCAGUGUUUGAUGAUUCUCAAGUAGGUUAAGAAAUUUUAUUCAUGCAAAUGGUAGAAUUUAUCUAUUGAUCAUAAUAGAAAAAAAUAGAGAAAUAAGAAGACUGGAUUGUUUUCUUUUGGGUGAGUUUUUUUUAUUCUUCUUAAAAUAAUGUAAAAACUUGUAUAGUAUUGAACUGCAAAAUUAGUUUUAUUCACCAUUUCUUCCUCCCAUUUUAAUUUUCUUUUCUAAAAAGCUAUGUACUGAAUGUGCCUGACCAGAUAAAUUAAUGAUCUUAUCUGAUCCAGCUAAUCCUAUUUCCUUUUGCAGGUUUGUGGUUUUUAAAAGUAAUUCUGUAAUUUGAAAAAGAAACCCCUCUCCUUUAUGUGUUUAACUGAAAUUUUUUAGGUCAUUUGUCCAUAAUGUGAAUACCAGAAACAUAAUGAUGAAAGCAGUUUAGUGAGACCAGACUUCUGAUACUCCAUGUGUACUCACAGAGAAGCUCUUGGGAGGGUUUUGACACAAUUUGAGAAGUGGACUGAAGGAAUAUCUGCAUGGAAUCAUGCUGGGCUGUGGAUGAGUUUGUACAUACAAUUCAGAAAAUGUCAGGAACCCAUAGGUAUUGUUUGUGAAUGAGAGUUUUGUCAGCUUGAAGGAGAAAGGGGAGCACUUUUAAAACAACUGUUCUUCAAAACCUUAUCUAAUGUUCAUCUGUAGAGCUCAAUUUUUAAUUAUCCAAAGAACCAGAGUUGGAUUCAGUGAUAUUAAAUCCACUUUACUACAGACUUAAAAAUUUGGGUAUGAGAUAAAGAGGCAGAUGUGGAAAUUGCCAGUGAUUACUAAAGACCUGUUAAGGUCUUUUGUGCUUUAUGGCAUUAAAUUGGCAUCAAAUCACCACUUUAGAUCUGCUAAGGGAGAAAUAUGUCCUAAUAGUAAAAGCAUGCAAAAGGCUUGUAUAAGUGAGUUUUAUGUGAGCUAGGGGAAAAAAAAAAAAAAAAAAGACCAGGAGUUUAAAGCAGGGAAGAGACUUGGAGAGGUAAACUGCAUUGUAGAAAAUAUGGAAAAGUGAAAAACAAUUCAAACAGAAAGAGAUCAGAUAAACAUUUGAAGCUGGAACAGCUGAAAAGAAACACAAAAAUAGGUAAAGCAAAAUUCCAAUAAGCCAUGAAAUCUGUUUUCCUUAGUUUUUCACAGUGGCCUUGAAACCCGAUGUCAGAGACUAUCUCUGUUCUUUCAGUGAUGGCCAGAAAUUGAGGUUAUGAUGACCAGAUCGUUUGGUAUGGCACUGACAUUUCAAGUUAAAAGGGAUUGCCAAGACUCUCAGUUAUGACACUAAAAUAUACCACUAUUCCUAGAGCCAAUUUUCAGUCCCUCCUCAUGCCUCCACAUUGAUUUAGGCAACAGAUGCACGAAAAGCAAAGCAACAUUCAAAAUAAUCCCUUAGCUGAGGCUGGGGGAAGGCUGGCUAGUGGGCUGUAGCCAAAAUUCCUUAAAUGUUACAAUGUUUUACAUUUCUAAAUGUAAAAACUUUCUUUCCAAUGUGAGGUACCAGCCAAAUGUCUUAGUUACGGUAUCUCAGAGUGAAAACUGGCAUGUGGCCUUGUGGUCAUUUGUGGGUAUUGACAGAUUUACACCCUCCAAGAUCAAGUUAAACCUUGUCGGUUUCUCCAUCUCCCCUUACUUUGUCAGGCUUUUGGGUUUUUUUCUCUGUUACUAUUUGUCAACUUAAAUCCAGUUUGCUGGAAAAAUGAAGGCUCUUCACGACCUGGCUCUUCAGGAGCAAAUUGCCUCAAAUUCUUUCUGCUAGCCAAGGUAUUUUGUAAUGCAUUGCAAAACAGCAGCAGGAUUGCGCUCCUCGCACUGGAUGUACUUUGUGGGCCAGACACUGCGGGCAGUUUUAAUGAGCUCUUGGUGUGCUGGAGGAUUUGUCUCAGCCCCUGACUUCAGGGAGGCUUUUCUCCCAGGUCUCUGUUUGUCUAAUUGCUCUUUCUACCCCAAGGAGCAGGAUCUGGCUUUGUCCCAUACAGUCUGGACUGGUGGCUGCUCAGGGAGCAGGUUCCAGAGUUGGUGUGCAAAUCCAGUGCUCUGCUCCUGACUAUUUAUGGCAGCUUUGCACUGUGCUGGUGGAUUGUCCAUUACACAGGCACACUAAAAUUCAUUGUCCUGCUUUUCUCCCUCUCAUGCUGUUUAGCUGGCAUAGCUAUUGAUUUCUGCAUCAAAUUCAUUUCCGUGGGAUCAUCUUCAAAUAGGAGCUUCCUCCAGAAGACAGCAGCCUUUGUUCCUUUAUCAGGGGAAGCUCUGGGUGUCUGCAGCACUGUUUGUGCCAGCAGGGUAAGAGAGAGCUACGUGCAGCCUGUGAAAUUUAUGUCAGCUAGGGGAGCAGGGGUGCUGGGUGAAGCCUGGAGCACUUUGUGAUAUCAUAAUUACAACAGUUCUGGGCUUCCUACUUGUUGAGUCUCAGUAGAGCUGGAUAUUUAGUGGCACUUUUUGAGGUGAAGAGAAACCAAAAAAGCUGUUCUGCUCUGGCCAGAACUUGAGAUUCAAGUGAGAUUCAAUUCUUUCCUAUGUAUACAUACACAGAGAUGCACAUAUAUUUCCUUAGUGCUCUAUUACAAUGAUGAUAUCUGUGGAAUUCAAGCACUUUCUCUUGCUGUUUGCUGUGCAGAAGUUUACCAUGGCAGUGAAUUUUGCAAAGACAGAGGAAAAGAGUCUCCCAACUGUAUUGUCUACAAACAAUGAUAUAUCUUGCUUUCAAAUCCCAUACCUCACUGAGUUGCUUACUCCAGAUUGCCCCUACAAAGCUGAAAAUGCUUUUCACAGAAGUCAGCAGAGAAGACAAGGCUGACCUACAGGUAUUGAUCCCAGUAAUCCUUUGUUAUAUG